CUCACUUUGGUUCAAAAUGGUCGUGACUGUAUAAGAGGGAAUCUUAUAGGGGGCAGAACCGGCAAUCUGCUCUUAUUUGCGUCCAGUUGUCCCGGAGUAAACGAAUAGCUGGCUAAAAUGCAGGAUGGGCCAUAAAGUUAUUCAGGAGAUCAAGCUUUUUAGCCAGUGUCUCCGUUCUUUGAACUGGCAUCACGACAAAGGAGGGAGUUAUUUCGCUAGGCCCAUAUCAUCACUGGCAAGUCAAGCAUUUAUUAACUUCCAAAAAGAUACAGUUAUUGACUUGUCCAAUGAUUUGGAGGGGUCAGCAAAGAAAGGAGACAAUGAUGAAGACCAUCAUAUUGACUUACACAAUGGUCCAAGAGUUGCUUAUGAAUCAAUGAUAGACUUAAAUAUUUUAAGGAAAGACCAGCAUCAAGUUCUUUUGGUAAAUAAGCUUGAGGAACUUUACCAGAGGAUAAAAAACCACGAGCCAUACAAACCAAGUUUUGUUGGGAAGCUGUUUGGGUACAAAACAAAAAGAACCCCAAAAGGGCUGUACAUGUUUGGAAGUGUAGGAACUGGAAAAACAAUGUUAAUGGAUUUAUUUUAUAAGACUGCGAAAAUCGAUAAGAAGAAAAGAGUUCAUUUCAACUCCUUUAUGCUUGAUGUACACAAAAGGGUCCAUGAUUGCAAAAUUCAGCUUGGCCCUGUUGAUCACCGAGAUAAAACAUCAAAAGUUUUUGACCCAAUUUUGCCAGUGGCACAGGAGAUCGCUAUUGAAACUUGGUUGCUAUGCUUCGACGAGUUUCAGGUGACAGAUAUUGCCGAUGCGAUGAUUCUAAAACUACUCUUCUCUCAUCUAUUUGAAAAUGGUGUUAUUGUUGUUGCCACCUCAAACAGGAGUCCAGAUGAUUUAUACAAAAAUGGUCUUCAGCGGUCCAAUUUCCUCCCUUUUAUACCGCUUUUGAAGUCAAGAUGCGAAGUCUUCAGCCUCAAUUCCACAACAGACUACAGGAGGCUAGAUUUGGCAAGCAUAGGCGAAAUUUAUUUGGAUUCCAACGACCCUACAGUAACAGAUAAAUUGGAGCAAGUUUUUAACCGUCUUUGCGACGAAGAAAGAUUAAAAGGUAAUGUUUCGAUAGAACCGCGAAAUAUUCCAGUGUUCGGAAGAAAUGUCAAAAUUCCAUUGGCAUGUGGGAAAGUUGCAAGAUUCUCCUUCGAUGAGCUUUGUAAGAAGCCACUAGGACCGGCAGAUUAUUUAGCAAUUUCAAAAGAAUUUGGAACUGUAGUCAUUUCUGACAUUCCUCAAAUGGAUUUGCGGCGACGAAUGGAAGUUCGAAGAUUUAUUACGGCAAUCGAUAACUUUUACGAUAACCAUGUUCGCAUUGUAUGCUCAGCCCAGACAAGGCCUAAAGAUCUAUUUGUAACUGCGCAGUUAUCCCAAGAUGAGAGAGAGAACAAUAGACUGUUAAUGGACGACUUGGGAAUCGAUGCUAAAGGAGCAAGCUCUCAGGCAAGUUUGUUUACUGCAGAGGAAGAAAUAUUUGCAUUUGAGAGAACGAUAUCUAGAAUGACUGAAAUGCAAACUGAGCAAUAUUGGAAUUAUAAAAUUGAAAAUAGCUAGCAUAGUCCAGAUUCAAUUAUUUCAAUUGUAAUAAUGUCUCAUAUUUAAGUUCAAAUGUGAUUUUUAAAAAAACAUUUUUAAAUCGUUUUGAAUUGUGAUUUUCAAUUACCGUUUAGA